UAUUGAUACAGUGAACGUCAAGAAGAACUCAUAUUUGACGCCUUUUACUCCCUUCAAGACGCACGCACUAUGGGCGAGAAGCCGUCACGUGCGAAGCCACGGAUGAGGAUAUUUGUAUGCUGCGACGGCACGGCACAGAACGCGAUUCGAAACGACGAACCUACUCAGAACACCAAUGUUCAACGGUUCAAGCAAUGUGUAUCCGUCGAAAGAUCUCCUGAUCAGUUCAUAUAUGAAUCAGGCGUAGGUACUCACGCGCCUGAGAACGCAGGCUGGAUGAGCUUCUCCAGUAUGGGAAACAAAGGCGAUCAAGUCACUGGAAGUGAUAUCCACACUCUCAUUCAUAAGCUGUACUACAAGCUAUGUGAAAAAUACCAUAGCAAUCCAGAUGCAGAGAUUCACUUGAUCGGAUUCUCAAGAGGCGCAUUCGCAGUGCGUUGUCUGGUAUGCCUGAUUGAGAGAAUAGGUUUGCUCAGAGUCAAAGGAGACUACGUAACAAAGAAAUACAAAGGUCUUUACAGACUCUGGGCAUCCCAGGAAGAUAGCGAAUUGAACGCGUGGGCCAAGGAAGACAGAAAACGUCAUGCAGUUCAUCCUGUCAAAAUAGCCAGCUGUGGAGUCUGGGAUACUGUAUCCGCCAUUAUGGAAUCGCCCACCCUUUCGUUUGUGGAUGAUAAAGUGCCAGAGAACCUGGAUUUUGCAUUCCAGGCGCUAGCACUACAUGAGUCAAGGUCCCUCUACAAUCCAAUACUCUGGAAACACGUACCGAGAAACAAGACAUGUAUCCGCCAGUGCUGGUUUGCUGGGGAUCACUCUGACAUCGGGGGCGGCUGGCCAGAUUGUGGACUUGCAAAUCUGACGUUAGUCUGGAUGUUGGCUCAGUACGUGGAGCAUUUCACCGGUAUGCCCAUCUAUCGUGAGCGUUUGUACAGGCGUCUCUGUCCACCCGGUGCAGGAUCGCGCUAUCUGAGUCAUACUCUAAGCCAAGGUAAUGUGAAUCACUCUUUGUUCCCGCCGACACUACCCAGUGCCAUUCCAGCUCGUCAGCAUAUUCUGGAACAAGACGCCGGAGUAGAUGGGUACGCUCCGUUCCAGGAGUCUCAUCAACAAACGAUACACUUCACAGUUCGCCUUUUUCUGGCUAAGGGUCGAGAGGAGGUUACGAAACGCACUUGCCUACUCACGGCUGGCUCGACACGUCUUGAUGGCGCUGCUCCGUCGUCCAUAGCCUGGUUACUAGAGAAGACGAAGAAGAGUGAGGGAGAGAAACAGAGAGAUGAGGGAAAGAAGGACAAGAACAACGCAAAGAACGCAAAGAACGGGAAGAAUGGGGGGAAAAUCAAGAACAAUGAGAAGGAGAGGGUGAAGGGCAAAGAGACGAGCAAGGACAGCAAGGAUGAACAAGAUAUGCUAAUUAUUCUGGAGGAUAAAACGACAAAGUGGGAAAACGACAUCAUCAAUACAUGGACCGCCAAAGCGCAAAAGCUCGUCGAUAAGGAUGUCGAUAACAUUUUCGAGAAGGGCAUCAGGGAGUACGACAUGACCAUCGACAAACUUGUUCGUGGAUACAACAGCAAUGCUCUUAGCCUCACUGUCCAGGAACUCGUUCAUAGAAACACAGACCUUGGAGUCGAGUGGGCGUGCAAAAUGGUUGUCGACUGGGCUUGGCAUUGCAGCCUGGAAUAUUUCCUCCAUAAGAACAAGAACCAGGGAACUUGCGAAGCCGUAAGAAAAUUUCUCUACCACUCACCCGUAGAGAAUACCACCAGCCAAGAAGCGUCGGAUGACCCGCAUGAUGACGCCGGGGAUACUAGUGACGGAGGCGUAUCGGACAAAGCACCCGAAGAACCUGAAGACGUGACUUCGUACGACAGCCAACGUGUCAGCAGCACAAUACAAUAGGAAAGCUUAGCUUGGGCGGUAUUGGUUAGUAUACAUCACCGAGUGUCACGAUUUCUUCAUGUAAACCCCAGCCAGCACGACCAAUCUCAACAUGCUUGUAAACAUCGUUCACAUAUUACAACUCCCCAACUACCUUUAUGCUACCCAAGAAACGCCCAAACAGCGCCAUUCUCCAUACCCAAAACACCAAUGUAUGCGAACAAUAUGCAAACACGCUCAACAGUAGAUUCUCACACAACCGCAGCAGCACCAAAGAAGCAUAUGUAGCACGUCGCUUAAGCCUUCAACCUCCUCUCCUCACACCGCACACAAACCGGAUCCUGACUCUCUCCGCGGAGGAAAUACCUCCCAUCUUCAAAAGGACCAGAGCAGCA